CGCAUUUGGCGGGCAGAAUAUGCUCCACUCUGGCUUCGUCCACUCACCGUAAUUGUCACUUCUCCUGACAGCGGUUUGAUCGAGCCCGUCCCGGACACUGUGUCCCUGCAUCAGAUCAAACGGCACGCGCGGCUCUCGUUGAAAGACUACUUCCUCAGAGAACAUGGUCCGUCCAAUUCCGAGGCGUUUCUUACAUCCCAGCGCAAUUUUGUGGAGAGUUGUGCUGCCUAUUGUCUGGUCGGUUAUCUGUUACAAGUCAAAGACCGCCAUAACGGGAACAUUUUGUUAGACAACGAGGGUCACGUGAUUCACAUCGAUUACGGCUUCAUGUUGUCCGCUUCACCGGGGAAGAAUUUGGGCUUUGAAACUAGUCCAUUUAAGCUGACCACGGAGCAAGUGGAAGUGAUGGGUGGUGUGGAAAGUGACAUGUUUCAGUACUACAAAUCUCUCCUGCUUCGUGGUUUGUUGGCCGCACGAAAACACAUGGAAGAGAUUUGUGUUCUGGUCGAGAUCGCUCGAGCCACGUGUCCACAGUUACCCUGUUUCGCCCGCGCCUCCGGUAGUCUGGCUGUUUCCGGUCUGCGUGAGCGUUUUCAUCUUCACUGUACAGAUGAUCAAUUGCUACGACGAGUAGAUCGUAUGGUUGAAGAAUCGCUGCACUCAAUGACGACUAAGUUGUACGAUAGUUAUCAGUACUAUACCAACGGCAUCCAGUGA